AUGGCUGACAUGGCAGACGAAGCAGCCGCGGCCGUCUCGGAGCCUCUCGACUUGGUGCGGUUAUCUCUCGACGAGAUUGUUUUCGUCCGACUUCGAGGCGACCGAGAACUCAAAGGAAGAUUACACGCCUAUGAUAGUCAUUGCAACCUUGUUCUUGGAGAAGUUGAAGAGACAAUCUACACUAUCGAAGAUGAGGACGACGGGGACGAGACAGUCAAGACUACGAAGAAACAAUCAGACAUGCUAUUUGUUCGAGGCACGUUGUCCCAUCCAACUGUCUUAGCCUCCGAUUCUAACGAUCGAUAG